UGGCAAAAUUUUGAGGCGGGAGAGCAGAACAGAGCAGAGCAGAGCAGGCAAACUGUGAAAAGUGUGCUGGCUUUAAGACAGCAAUGAGACAGCAAACUGGGACAAGGUCUAGGUAGCACACACCACACCAGCCCUCCGUGACGGAGAAGAAGGCAGGAAGGCAGUGAAGCACUCUGAAGUGAGGUCGCUCGCCAUGCAUCAAAAGUGAGGUGCUCCACUAGGGCUAUUGGACUCAGGUGCCUCGUCCAGAAGGGCAAGCAGCUUUGAAGUGGUCUAGUUUAAUCCAGCCUCCGCUGCCACCUCGUGUGUGACCCCAGUGGCUGGUGUCUGCCGGCGCCUCCUCCGUGUGUGUGAGUGUGUGUGUGUGUGUGUGCGUGUGUGUGUGAGUGUGUGUGUGUGUGUGCGUCGCCGGCAUCUCUUGCCCCCCCAUUCUUCCGCUGCGUUGCCACUCCAGCUGAGCACCAUGGACUAGGGGGCUCCAGUGAGUCCGCGUGAUCGUCCGUCCGCUCCGAUCGCCGCAGCGACCGCUGCAUGGUGGAGAGCUGGCAGCACACAACACUUCUCUCUAAGGAUGCGGGAAACGAGAGCUUGAAGGCUGGCUUCCACGAAGGCCUCGGCUGCUGGCUGGGCAGCGUUCCCCUACGAUCACAUGACUCUGGACAUGGACGCGGUCCUGUCAGACUUUGUUCGGUCCACGGGGGCAGAACCGGGUCUGGCACGUGACCUGCUCGAGGGUAAGAACUGGGACCUGAGCGCGGCGCUGAGCGACUAUGAGCAGCUCCGGCAGGUGCACACGGCCAACCUGCCUCAGGUGUUCAACGAGGGCCGCUUCUACCGGCCGCCCGACCAGAACCGGGACCGAGACCGAGACCGGGAGAGGGACCGCGACCGGGACUCCACACCCCAGCACCUCAGCAAGGCAGAGCCCAGCCUACAGCGCCAGGAUGACAGCACCCAAGAGAAGCGUCUGUCGCGGGGCAUCUCGCAUGCCAGCUCCUCCAUCAUGUCGCUGGCGCGGCUGCACGUGGCGGGCGAGGUGGGUGUGGCGCGUGAGCAGUUCCCGCUGGAGAUGCCCAUCUACACCUUCCAGCUGCCCGACCUCAGCGUCUACAGUGAGGACUUUCGCAGCUUCAUCGAGAGAGACCUCAUCGAGCAGGCCACCAUGGUGGCGUUGGAGCAGGCCGGUCGUCUGAACUGGUGGUCCAGCAUGUGCACCAGCUGUAAGAAGCUCCUCCCCCUGGCCACCACGGGAGACGGCAACUGCCUGCUGCACGCUGCCUCACUAGGCAUGUGGGGUUUCCACGACCGGGACCUGGUGCUGCGGAAGUCCCUGUAUGCCAUGAUGAAGAGCGGGGCGGAGAGGGAGGCGCUGAAGAGGAGGUGGAGGUGGCAGCAGACACAGCAGAACAAAGAGUCGGGGCUGGUGUAUACGGAGGAGGAGUGGGAGAGGGAGUGGAGUGAGCUUCUAAAGCUGGCAUCAAGUGAGCCGCGGACACACUUCAGCCGGAGCGCCAACACCAGCGGCGGGGUGGAUAACUCGGAGGACCCUGUGUAUGAGAGUCUGGAGGAGUUCCACGUGUUUGUGCUGGCCCACGUGCUGCGCAGGCCCAUCGUGGUGGUGGCUGACACCAUGCUCAGAGACUCGGGAGGGGAAGCGUUCGCCCCCAUCCCGUUCGGAGGCCUGUACCUGCCCCUGGAGGUGCCCCCUAACCGCUGCCACUGCUCCCCGCUGGUGCUGGCCUACGACCAGGCACACUUCUCCGCCCUCGUGUCCAUGGAGCAGAGAGACCAGCAGCGAGAGCAAGCUGUCAUCCCUCUGACCGACUCGGAGCACAAGCUCCUGGCCCUCCACUUCGCUGUGGAUCCGGGCCGAGACUGGGAGUGGACCCGAGACGACAACGACAACGCCAAGAUGGCCAAUCUCAUCCUGUCCCUGGAGGCUAAGCUGAACUUGCUGCACAGCUACAUGAAUGUAACGUGGAUCCGAAUUCCCUCCGAAACAAGGGCUCCGCUGGCUCAGCCCGAGUCUCCCACCGCCUCUGCGGGCGAGGACGUCCAGUCCCUGGCCGAGUCCAUGGACUCCGACCGCGAGUCCGUGUGCAGCAACUCCAACGUCAACGCCAACGGCAGCAAGCCAACAGCCAACAACAACAGCGGCAAGGACGCGAAGGAAACCAAGGACAAGCCGCAGCGCAAGGACAAGGACAAGGACAGGACCAGGGCCGACUCGGUGGCCAACAAGCUGGGCAGCUUCAGCAAGACGCUGGGCAUCAAGCUCAAGAAGAACAUGGGCGGGCUGGGGGGUCUGGUGCAUGGGAAGAUCGGCAAGGCGAACUCAGGUGGAUCUGGAGGCCGAGGAGGAGGAGGAGGAGCGGAGAACGCCAAGAAGAAGGACUCCAAGGUUCGAAAGGGCAGCAAGGAAGAAUCAGGUCAGUCGGGCCAGUCGGGUCAAUCGGGCCAAGUGUCCGCCAGCACGUCGUCCUCGGAGAAGACCACCAGCCCCUCGCCCACGGACCGGGCUGGAUCGGGAAGCUCCCCCGGUCCCGGCGGGCCUAGUUCGGGUUCUGGCCCGGGUCUGGGUCAGCAGCAGCAGCAGCAGCAGGGCACAACAACGACGACGAUGUCAGUGGGGGUCAGUGCAGGGGGGGGGAGCAAGGGCGGCUCGGGAGGCAGCGGCGGCAGCAGCAGCAGUGGCAGCGGCGGCAACCUCGAGAGCUGGAAGUACAGCACGGACGUCAAGCUGAGCCUCAACAUCCUGCGCGCCGCCAUGCAGGGCGAGCGCAAGUUCAUCUUCGCCGGCCUGCUGCUCACCAGCCACCGGCACCAGUUCCACGAGGAGAUGAUCGGCUGCUACCUGAGCAGCGCGCAGGAGCGCUUCAGCAGCGAGCAGGAGCAGAAGAGGAAGGCCGAGGCCGACAAGGCCAAGACGCUGACCAAUGGGAACGGAGGAGCAGGAGGAGGAGGAGGUGGAGGAAGCGGAGGAGGAGGAGGAGGAGCAGGAGGCGCAGGAGCCGCGACAACAGGCUCUAUCGCCACCUCGGUGACAGCUGUGACGGCCGCCAUCACGUCCGCCUCUGUGGCGGCGGCGUUGAUGAAGAGGCCCGAACAGGAGAGCUUCCUGUUGCAGAGGGAGCGGUCGGACAGCACGCCCCCAGACUCCCGCUGCUCCCCCGUUAUCCACCCCGCACACCCCCACAACCACAACCUCAACCACUUCCAACACCAACACCAACACCAACACCAACACCCGCAGCUGUCCUCCUCCGCCUCCUCCUCCGCCUCCUCCUCCUCAAAGGCAGCGGACCGGGCGAGCCCCAUGCCCCUCAUCGCCACCGCCCCCAUCCCCAUACCCAACACCGUCACUGCCACCGCCCCGUCCUCGGCCGCCUCCCCCGUGCCAUCCUCCAUGUCUCCCGUGCCCUUCUCCUCUCCGGCUCACGGUGCCAAGCGGCCCGGUUCGGUGGGCUCGAUAGGAUCGGUGGGUCCAGUCCCGGUCCCUGUGUCGGCCCACUACAGCCACACGCCGCCCGUGCAGCGGCACAGCGUCAUCCACCUGCGGGAGGUGGCCCGCGACGAGGCGCUGUCCCCGUUGGCCCGCGCCACCCCUCCUCAGAUGGGCACGCUCAAGACCUGCGCCACCUACCCGCAGCAGAACCGCUCGCUGUCCUCGCAGAGCUACAGCCCGUCCCGACUACCGGGCCUGCGCACCACCACCACCGGCGGCACCGCCAGCCUCAUCACGGGGCAUGGGGGCUAUGGGAGCGGGCACGGGCACGCCUACGGGCACAACACCCACCACCACCACCACCACGAGUCGCUGCUGUCGUCCUACGGAGCCAUGCCCGGCGAGCACAAGUCCCACACCUACACCAACGGCUUCCACAUCAACGACAUCCGCGACUGCCUGGAGUUCGCCGACGAGGAUCCCGCCCCGCACGGCCACUGGCUCGGACACCACGACAGCAGAACCAAAUCCAGCAGCAGCAGCGGUGGUGGUAGCACCGGCACCGGCACCAUCACCGGCACCAUCACCGGCACUGGCGGCUUCGUGCCCGGAAUGGUGGGCGCCACGGGCCGCAGCAGCUCGGUGUCAGGUUACGUGCCGAGUUCCGUGCCGGGUUCCAUAUGCGCGGCGUACUGCUUCCAGCAGCGCCGCUGUAAGCGCGAGAACUGUUCGUUCUACGGUCGGCCCGAGACGGAGAACUACUGCUCCUACUGCUACCGCGAGGAGCUGCGACGCAGGGAGCGGGACGGGGGUAAAGGUCAACGGACCGGAUAGCUCAUACCCACCUAGCCCUACUGGCCUAUGCUGGAUCUCCCGAAAAAGCAUGGAAUUUUGCCCCGACAGAUGGAUCGAAAUUUAGAAUCUAAGGUCUUUGUUAUGUGGCAUACAUGAUCUGACGUACCGGUUAUAUACCAUACCAUACCAUCAAAUAGUGGUUGGCUUUGUUAGCCUGUUUGACGUGUUAAGCAUUCUAACGCUAAUAAUUGAUACCCUAGCCUAUAACCUUACCUUAACCCUAACUCUUAUAAAUCACUAGGAGAGUUGAAGAAAUGGGGAUAGCCUUUCGGCCUGUGUCAAGCAUAAUGCCUUGUGUGCACCAAGGGUGACCUACGCUACCUGAAAGGCGAAUAAAGCUACCAGAGAGAAUUCGCCAGGAGCGAAGCGACCAGAGUGCAUUUUAACAAUUAAGGUCAAGCUAAUCUUAUGGUAAUGAGCUAUGACGCGGUUCGGCAAAAAACAAUUGGAACAUUCAUAUCGCUGAAUGUCCCAGGCUGUCAAGCCGUUAUGUGAUUAACUAAAUCAAAUGUCAGUGCCGCAUCCAGAGCGAAUAAAGCAAAUUCAUGGCGAAACUGGGUCGCGUAGGUCGCGCUUGGUGUACACAAGGCUUAAGGGAGCAGAACAAACACAAUAGCUUUCCCCCCCAAAUUAUCUCUCUCCAACGUCAGCCAAUGUGAAAACUUGUCAAACUGAAGUUAGGGUAAGAGUAAGGUGAUGGGCUACGGUUAGUGACAACGCCAUAAAAAAAGAUUCUAAGGUCCCAUCAGUUCCGGGCCAAAUGCCAUGUUUUUUUGUUUUUUUUUGUGCCAUCGCGUCCCACUCCGUUUGGUGGACAGAGUCUCCCUGCACUUGGACCAGAAUUCACACAACUCCGCCCACGUCUCCCUGUAACCCCUCCCCCCCAAAUCAUCCUCCUAUUGCGCUGCUCUGAGGGUCGUUCAGACGGGACAGUACUGGCCACGCCCUACUGGAUUUAAAACAGUCUCCUCCUUGUAUUCUCUUUACAUUUCGUUCAGUAGUGAGAGAUAUUGUAAACAACAACAGUAACAACAACAACAACAACAACUAACAAGGAAGCGUGUCAGGAGUCAGUUUACAGCUGUGGCCAGAGAUUGUGCUGUUGCGUUUGUUUGUAUGUUUGUAUGUUUUGUCAGUUUGCCUUGUUUGUAUGUUGUUUUGUCUGAUCAGUCUUUUACUUGUUCUAGAGUAAAAGGCAUCAUAGUGCUGAGAGCACCUACUGUAAAUCUCACCUGUACCUGUGUGUGCGAGAUAUGUAAACU